GAGUCCGUCGAUGUGAUCGCUGGGUAGAUCCUCUGCCUCGUGUCGUGCUCCCUCGCCGACUGCUGCAUGACGCUGUAGCAGGCGCGGUGACGCGCGUGAGCCUUCUCGGUACCGUGAAGUCGCCCUUGCCUCCCUUCGAGACAUAGUUUCAGAGACCAUGGCAUCCCGCCUCGCAUAGACCUAGCUCGUCACGUACCCGUCGUCCAUCGGCGCCGGCUCGCCCUCGUCGCAGUCGCGCAAGCGCAAAACGGGCGGGCGCCCGAGAUGCGCCGCGAUUUGCUUGUCCCAUGCCUAGACGCAUCAGAGCGUGCGCCGGCAAACCUCAUCCUCGACGGGCAUGAACGCGUCCUAGCGCGCGGCGGAGCGGUGCAGCCCGACGUCAAUGCGGGCGGGGCAUGCGCGGGUCGAGGUGAGAUAUAGCGGGGCCCGAAAAGCGUAGUUGGUGCAGGGGAAGGCGGUGGCGAGCCCCGCUCUGCAAGUCCCAUGCGACUUGGCCCAUCGUUCAUCCGUGCAUGUGCGCAGGCGCAUCGGGCGUACGUAGGUGUUCAUCGACGUCGAGCGCUUGUUGUGAACACGACAACGUUCCAUCGCCUUAGUAGCGGGGAGCGGAAAAUGGCAGAAUGGGGAAAGCGGGCGGCACACGGGUCGGCGAGAACGUGCUGCGCGAUGACGGACACGCAGACGGCGGAGAUGGGGCAGAAGAGCGAGUCGCAGAGGCUGACGCGUGCGCGUCGGCCGCUUCCUCAUGAGAGGCGCCGGUUUGCAGUGCAGCGGCGCAAGCCCAUGCAUCAUCUCCUGCUGCUGCACCGUCUGGCAGUCGCGAGGGAGGAUCUCGUCUUUGGCAUUUCGUGCUCUUCUUUGGGGCGUCACAGACGGAGGGCCGGGCGUGGCGCGAGCCACCGCUCUGUGGGAAGCCACGUAUGGCAACAGCGGGUGCGCAGUUGGGGUCGCCGAAAGCAAUGCGCGCGGUACGCGCGUGCAGAUCGACGGUGACGGAGGCUGCCCAUUCCGUCGCUUUAAGCUCAGGAGCUUGUCAAGAACCCGGCCGUCACGAGCGAACUGUUGAAUAGCGCGAGCGGCGCUUCAAUGACGGGUCUCGACGGCGAUCUCGCGCAGCUCCGUGGCGAAGUCGACCUUCUCCGCGAUAGCUGGUCUCUCGAGAAUGACCCAGCGCCGGUCAU